UUAUAUGUAUAUGUAUAUAUCUACUACUACUACUUUACGCGCGCGAUAUAGCAACACGCGAUGCUUCCGCGCAAGACCGCUGCUGCUGCUGGCGUUACCCCUACAUCUUGUUAUACAUGACUACAUUAUCGCUGCAUUCAAGAUUGCUCCCGCUGUGCUGCCUUUCCGCGUGUGUUGAGACAAGACUGUACAUCGGUCAGCAUGGCCGCGUGCUGCAGCAAUCGCUAACAAUGAUAAUCACGAAUCUUCUUCGCUCACAGGAUCAUAUAUGGGCAUGCAUGCGCGCUGUUUGCUUCGUGCAGGGUUGGAGGUCAUCAGUAGCGUCCACCCAGCAGCAUGUUGCUGCUGCUCGCAAGUGAAUUAACGGCGCAAGCCCUGUACAGUAUACCGCACGCUGCAGCAUGCAUCAGCAGCUAGUCUGUUGGCAUCGCAGUCGUGAAUAGUGGCACAAACACAGCAGUAGUCACGAGCUCGGUAG